GCUAGAGACCAUAGUUGACAGGGUUCUAUACGGAUCCUGUGGUCCUUAGAUCGAGUCAGUAGGUCUUGUCAGUUAGGGGGAGAGUCUAAGUGGUGAGGAGCGGAACUAUCACUUGGUUGUGCGUCUAUCACCAUGGUUGACACGAGUAGUGGAACGAGCACCUCCCCUUACACAGCAGAGCAGGAUGCGAAGACCGCCGCCAUCCUAAAAGAGAGAAGAGAGAAGGAGGCCAAGAAGAAGGCCCUGAUAGAAGAACAGGCGGCGAAGAUGAGGAAGAUUGAGGAAGAGAUGGCCAGAGAGAAGGAGAGACUAAAGAGAGAAGAAGAAGCGAAGCUCGAGGCGGUAGAAGAGGAGGAGGAAGAAGAACAGCCACUGGAAAGGCGAAGGGCAGGAGGAAGAGGUGAACCCAGUGGUACAAAAGAGGACCUAGUGGAGAACAAGAUUACAGAGUGGGUUGCUGGAUUGUCCCUGGGGGAAGAUGAGGAGGCCUUAAUGUAUAUGCCCAGGGAAGAACAGGAGGCGGUCGUGAAAGAGUGGGAUGUUGAAGAAGAUCCACUCAAGCGGGACUCUGCACGGGAAUUGGCGACUCAGGUGGGCUCCAAAGUAAGGACCCGCCUAGAAGGCACAGAGCGAUACUGCACCGGCGCCAUAGAAGGCGCCAGACUGACCGCUCCCAAAGAGGAGGAAGCACGUCCCCGUAGGGAGCCUGUCAAAGUUAAAUUUCCCGAUUCCUACAACAGGAAGGAGGAAAACUUUGACAAUUGGGAGGCCAAUGUUAAGACCUACGUGCAUCUGCAAAAGGUCUCCCCAGAUGAGCAUGUUCUAAUAGCUAUUCACGCCCUGAAGGAAGAAGUCGCCAGUUUCGCCGGUUCCCUGGUUCGCGUUGCUAAUUGCAAUGAUGAUCUAGUUGCUUAUUAUGCGUUUACUCCCCUCACUGAUUUCCUUAAAUUAUUGCGCAAACGAUUUGCAGACGUUUCGCGCAGUGUCAAAGCCUCCGACAGGCUGCAAACCAUCCACUCUCGUCAGUGGAGUGCCAAGGCACUCAAAGGCGUUAUGGACGAGUUAGUUGCAGUCCCUGACCACGGGGUCACAGAGACCCAGUUGGUCAAUCUCUUCUACCAGGCUAUGCCCGAAUCGUUGUGUGGGCACUUCUUCAAGAAGAGCCAGCAGCCCACCAUGACCUACGACACAUUGAGCAGGGAAGUGGUGGCGUUUGAAGCAAGGUCCAUUAGACAACUCCUUGGUUACGUCGGGCGUUACGAAGGAAGCGCGGCCGGUCGAGGGAGGAAGGGGGAGGUAGGGAGUAGGACGGAGGGAGGAAUGGAAGUAGGAGGUCAGGUGGUGAUCGGGCUGAGGAAGGACGCUCCUGCGUUCGCAAGGUUAGUAAAGAAGGAGCAGCUAGAGGAACAGGUUUUCGUAGCCUAUGUUAGGCCAGUGACUGAGCCCAAAGAGGAGAAGCCUAUAGACCCUGCUAUUGCCAAGCUGCUGGAAGAGUUCACAGGCUUAGCGAAGCCGCCAACAGGAGUAGUACCGCGGCCUAUCCAACAUCGCAUUGAGAUAGAGCCUGGCAGUAGGACUCCCAAGGGAGCAGUGUAUAGGAUGUCCCCGCGGGAGUUGGAGGAGCUGCGCAAGCAAUUAGAUGAGCUCCUAGAGAAGGGUUGGAUUAGGCCCAAUUCGCCUCCCUUUGGAGCACCUGUUCUAUUUGUCCCAAAGAAGGAGGCCACGUUUAGCACACCCGCUAGUAUUCAAAAAUGGGGACCAAAGCUUGAUGUAUGCAUUCUCAAGCUUACCCAGAUCAGUUCCAACAAGGACAUCAACCGGAACGAGCAAGUAGUUUCCAAUCCCAAAACUGGCAAGCCAUCUGUGAAAGUGCGACUGUUUAUGGUUACGGCAGCAAUAGAGGUGUUCCCGCCAACGGGUAUCAACGUCACGAGUGGAUUUCCCUACGUACAAAGAUUUAUAGAAGGGUGAAAUACCAACAUACACACAAUCGGUGAGAUCGAGGAAAUCCAAACCGUGU